AAUGAAACGACAGCCGGCGGAGGCACCUCACUGCACCUACUGCUGCAGUGAUUGCGCAUGAGAUCCAAUUCUCGGCUGCCCGCCUUGACUUUCCAACUUCCACUCUGAGGUGUGCUUGGAAAUCUUGCACCCGGACUUCCACUUUGAGUUCCUGUCGAACUACUUCAGUCACUUUCAACUUGCAAGUUACCAGUCCCGUCCCUAAUUCCGCUCCUCUCCUUCCCGCCAGCUAUCGACCUAACUGAGAAACCACCGAACCUGAUUCACAACCCGCUCGAUCACGGCCGCAGCGUUAGGUUCGACUGGACACUCUUGCGAUUGACGACUGACGCCGGCGCGUGAAAGAGGCCAUCAGCCAUCCCGUCAUCACCACCGCUGCUGCUGGCACAGGCUGAAAGGGCAGCCAAAGGAAGAGGGCAGGACCUGGGGGUUUCCAUUCCAGUACCUAUACCAUAUUGGGGGUUUCUUCCAGUUGUUGUCUUGAAUACCAGGAUACGUCCAUCGUUUUAAAUGGAUAACCGACAUCGCUAAACGUCAUCCUUCUUUGCGCAAUCUUCGACACUCCUUUGAGGCCAGCCGGUUACUGCAGGAGCUUUCGCAAGUUCUCGCGCCCAUUCUACACGCCCUCUUUUCGCACACACACACACACUUCGAUCGCGUCGACUUCGAAAGUCUCGCUCGACUCCGCCUAAUCCCAAGCAAUAAUUCUCCAAUCACUUUACAUACGCAACUGGAGGAGGACUUCAGGCCGUCUGCCUUGUUUCAGCGUUGCCUCGGGACCCUAGCAAUUCGGUUACAAUUCUUCAGGCAUCUUUCCGACUAGCUUUUCCCCGACUCGCGACCUCGUCCCUCCCCGACACUCGGUUCCGAUCAUGCUCAAUAUGUCCAACAUCAUGAGCAACCGCAACAGCACCCCCGAGGCUAGCAACGUCUCUUCUCUGAGGCCCCCCUCUUCCCGUGCCAUUGGCUCCAACCAUGGCCUUCGCGCCUCUGCCGAUGUAGCCGCUCUCACCGGCGCCCAGGCCGCCGCAAGCCGAAUCCGCCCGUCGUCGGACUUCUACGGCCAGCCGCAGUCCGGCCAGGUGCAGGGCAAUGCCGAGCUGGAUCCUCAAGACAAGCUGGCCCAGCAGUGGAUUGCCGACAUCGAUCAAUAUGAGACCACCCUCGAGGAGAUGGCCGCCGCUACGCUUGAUCAGGAUUUCAAGGAUGAGCUCAGCGCUAUUGAACAGUGGUUCCGCGUCCUUAGCGAAGCUGAGCGCACAGCUGCCCUGUAUGCUCUGCUUCAGCAGACUACUCAGGUUCAGAUCCGUUUCUUCAUUCAGGUCCUUCAGCAGAUGGGCAAGAACCACCCCAUGUCGGGAGUUUUGUCCCCUGCUAACUUUGACAAGGAUCCCAUGUCGAGCCGCUUGAGUGAUGCCAUGGGCAAGCUGGAAGUGGGUUCGGCCCGUAACUCCCUUGCCCGCCCCAGUGGCGGUGCCAACAAGAGACACUCGGGUCUGGAUCAGACCACAAUCAAUACCAUGUUCCCGGAUGCUGUUGCGGCCAUUGCGACGGAGAAGGCCAAAUUCACGCAGCAGACAGGCAACCCUCCGCCUUCGAACCGUAACAGCCUGGUUGACAACCGCAACUCCCUCGCUGCCCCCACGGUUUCCGGCCCCAAGGAUGACAUCAAUGGACAAAACCCGGCCUCUCCGUGGGGUCCCAGCGACACUUCUCGGCCCAAGUCGUCCACCGGCCAGACUCCGAUGGGCCAAUUUGUGCAACCUCCGCCGUCGGCCGGUGGUUUGCGCUCCCCUCGCCCUCCGCAGCUGAGCAGCAACACAAACAUCCAGAGCACGACCCUCACCGCGGCUGAGCCGCAGCUGACCGAGCUCCCGCUGCUAUCCCCCUACACUUCUAGUGGUAACUGGGCCUCGAUGGUCAACACGCCCAUGGUUCCAACUUUCGGCCAAACGCAAGGAAACAACGCCGAUAUGGUAGCCAACGCGACAGCAAUGAAGCUGGCCGCACUCUCAACGGUAAACAAUCGCUUUGCUUUGGACGACGCUCGCCGCUAUCGUCGUGCUCGUUCCAACGACGGGGCACCUGGCCAGAGUCACGCUCAGCAUCCCCUAUCGCCGGGCCCUCAGGGAAUUCCGAGCACCAAUGUGGUCAUGAUCAACGAGCACGGGCAGGUCUUGAGCCACGACCAUGUUUUGGCGCUUCAGCAGCAACAACAACAAGGCCUGCAACAGGGUCUUGGCGGCUUUGGCGGUCAUCGUUCACGCCCCACCUCACCCGGUAUUGCGAUGCCCAACUACGGCUCGGCGCUGCAGUUUACUUCGCCGCAGAAUAAUGGCUUCCUCAGUGCGUAUGACGGCGGUGCACCCGGCUUGAUCAACAAUGGACUGGUUCCAAUGAUGGGUCAAUUCAACCUGGGCGGUCAUCACGCAGAGGGCUAUCUUUCGGACCAUUCUGAAAUCAACCGUGGCCGCUCUCCGCGUGGUCGGAGAGGCAGCUCGAAGCCGCCCGAGGAUCCUACCGACCCUACUCUCCUGCAGGAUAUCCCUAGCUGGCUGCGGAGCCUGCGUCUGCACAAGUACACAGACAACUUGAAGGACAUGAAGUGGACGGACUUGAUUGAGCUGGACGACAAGCAGCUGGAGGAGCGUGGUGUCAAUGCUUUGGGUGCUAGACGCAAGAUGCUCAAGGUCUUUGAACAAGUCAAGGAGGCCAAAAAAGAAGGCAAAAUCUAGCAUUGACGGCUGUUGUGCUAGAGAUACAGGAUAGAUGGCACCCCCGCACACCCGAGAUAGGCGCCCACUGGACUCGCCAACAACAAGGUACUUCAAGCAUAGCUUGUCACUGAUCACGCAGGGAAGAAGUGUUGGGGUUUGCCGUGAUCGCGGUCGGGAUAUAUGAUGGUGCAGCUGGUAGGAGUUACUGACAACCCGAUUUCUUUCUUUCUCUCUUUCGCUCUGUUUUAAUGUCCAAAAUGCAAUAUCUUUGUUACCUAUAUAUGGGGACAGGAGGCAGAUCUUUUUUUUUUUUUGAGUAGAGCUGAGUUGAUGGGCAACAAUGAUUCCCACUCAUUUUCACAUGUCUAGGCAAUCAAACAAACACAUCUGAAGGGUAUUAUGAGGAACCAGGUGAAGAUAAUUAGGUACGCGAACGUAUACAACGUGAAAUAUCAGUGGCAGCCGUUGCGAUACGGAAUUUGCGGCAGUGAAAGCCCAGAUCCCAAGCCUGGAAUACGUAGUUGAUUUG